ACCUCUAAACUCUGUCAGCUGCGAGCAUGCGGCGGGCUCCUCUUGGGCCAGGCACGGCCACCUCGCCCCCGUGCAGGCGGAGCUCCAGGCCGGGCUCCAAAGCGGUGCCAAACGAGGCCGGCGAUGCCGCUGAUCGCGCAGAUCCCGCUUGUGUAACCAGCCCGAACACGCCGCGGGGCCGGGCGCGGUGCUGAAAUCGCCACGGUGUUCAUGCGGCCUGACCUCUGGCAGCAGCCCCACAACCCCGGCUGGGGACAAACACCGGGCGGUGACACCGCGGGGGUCACACCGCGGGCACAGCGACCCCGCUCCGCCGCCGGGCCCAGACGGGGACACCGGGCCGAGAUGGCGGCACCCGGCCUCGCUCUCUCGGCGGCUGACGGGGGGCGGUGACGGCGCGGCGGGGACACUGCUCCGCUGAGGGACACGGCCCGCCUCCCGGUGUCACGGCGCUGCGGGACGGGCCCGGCGGGCGGGGACACUGCUCCGCUGAGGGACACGGCCCGCCUCCCGGUGUCACGGCGCUGCGGGACGGGCCCGGCGGGCGGGGACACUGCUCCGCUGAGGGACACGGCCCGCCUCCCGGUGUCACGGCGCUGCGGGACGGGCGGGGCGGGGACACUGCUCCGCUGAGGGACACGGCCCGCCUCCCGGUAUCACGGCGCUGCGGGACGGGCCCGGCGGGCGGGGCGGGGGCGCAGCCGGGGCCGCUGCGCUCCGGGACGGGGCUGAGGGAGCGUCUGCCCCGCGCUUUCACCCACCAGUUUCCGCUCUUGCCGUAUGUUUUCUGGCGCAGGGUUUGAAGCCCGGACCCAGAAAUGAGGAAGGUUCUGUGCGUGGAGCCCGUCAUUUUCAUCUACGUUUUUUCGUCUUUCCUGACGAUCCCGCUGGUGCAGCAGUUCAUCUACCGGCGGCUGUGGGAGCAGGAGUACAACUCCACUUUCGUGAGCGACAGCAAUGUCACUCACUGCGAGCAGAAUAAGAGCAGCCCGGCUUAUAUCAAACAGAAGGAAGUUCAAGAAAAAGCCUCUGUUUUUAAUAUGCAGUUGGACUUAACUAGGGCCAUUCCCAGCCUUACAGUUGCCUUUGUCAUUGUAGCUAAUGGGGAUCGCCAGGGACACAAAAGGUCUUUAGUUUUACCAUCAAUGGGAGCUUUGAUUUCUGGUAUUAGCUUCACUGCAAUAUCAUAUUUUUCCUUGUCACUCUCUGUCCUAUUUGCAGUUGCAUUUAUUACUGGACUGUUUGGGAGUUUAGCAACUUUCCUUGGAGGAGGCUUUGCUUACAUAGCAGAGGAGUGUCAUGAUGAGAAGCAGAAAACAACACGAAUAGCUGUAGUGGAUUUGAUUUUUGGAGUUGUAUCUGGAUUGGCAGGACUGUCAUCUGGCUACUUUCUAAGAGGAAUAGGCUUUGCAUGGACAUUUGUGAUAGCAUCUCUGCUCCAUGUCAUUAAUAUAAUCUAUAUUGUAUUUUUUCUGGAAGAUACUGUAGGUGUAUCUCAACUGCAGCAUGAAGCACCAGUAUCCUGGAAAGAACUUCUUAGGGAGACAUUUUCUGGAGUGUACAUGCUUUUUAAAACUGCCCCUCAUAAAAAGAGAGUUUUAAUAAUUGUGUUACUUUUUACAUUUAUGACUUAUUUAUUUACUAUGCUGGGUGGGAGUUCACUUUUUACACUGUAUGAACUGGAUGAGCCGCUCUGCUGGAAUGAAGUAUACAUUGGAUAUGGAGCAGCUGCAUUCACUUCUGUCUCGCUGACCAGCUUUUUAGGAGUUUACUUAUUUUCCAAAUGUCUCAAAGACAUUUAUAUUGUCUUUAUUGGGAUAUUUUCUUACAUUGGAGGAAUGAUCAUGGCUGCCUUUGCCAAAACUACCCUGCUCAUGUUUUUAGUGAGAGUGCCAUCUUUGUUCUGCUUUAUGCCUAUUCCUGUUCUCCGAUCCAUGCUGUCAAAAGUGGUUCUCACUGGUGAACAGGGUGCUGUGUUUGCUUGUAUUGCCUGUUUAGAAGUUGUGACCGGCACUAUGUCAAUUUCAGUUUUUAAUAUUAUCUAUGCAACUACUGUUGCAUGGUUUUCAGGCUUUAGCUUCCUCCUAUCAGCAGGCCUUUGUCUAAUUCCACUGUCUGUCCUGUGCUGGCUUCUGUGCACAAGCUGGAAUGGGGAGGACUUGGCUCUGCUGGUACCUGAAGAAGUGUCCAGCAUAGAGAGUGCUGAUAGUUGAACAAAGGAUCCACAUACCCAGGAUGUCUAAUCUGACAUGCAGUGGCAGAGAUUGUUAUGUCACACAGAAACCACAGAGAUAAUACAACACAAUCUCCAAGUGGCCCUGCAGCAAUAAGCACUAAAUUGGUACCACUCAAUACCCAGUCUCUUUUUAGCACUUGACUAAAGCUAGCUCUUAACUAUGGAAAUAGGCAAUUGAGAUUAAUGCUGCUUCAGCAUGAAGGAAAAAAUAAGGUAGGAUGAUACUUUUUCCACUUUCUCAAGUUUGAGAAUGCUGCUGUGGAUUAUGGUACAUCUUGUAUCACUCUAAGUUGGGCGACAGAGAUAAGCUUAGCAAUCCAGAGGACUUUGGCAAUUCUGCUGAAGCCAUUGCAGACUUUGCCAGCUGAGGAUUUGGUCUACUGUGUAUAUCUUGAAAGGCCUGUCUUAACACUGAAGCCCCCAAAUUCUCUAAAAUUCCUAAACUAAAAAAUAGGUUUUUUUCAGAAAGCAGACUGGAGGCAGUACUUACACCUGCCAUAAGUACACUUAUUGUUCUGCAGCUAGCAGAGUGUUUGUGUAAGUUUAACAUAAGAUGUGUGGACCUUGCCUGUGACUUAGUUCUUGAAAUGGAUUUUCACACAGAACUGUCAGGAAAUUUUCAUCUUGCAGAGUGUGAAGUUCAGCCUAAACCUACAUUUUGCAGAGGCCAUAUUGCACAUUUAUCAUUUUCCCUAUAUUAAGGACUGCAUACAGACAUCUCUGUUUUGUCCCAGAGAUACUUGUUUUCUACUUAAGUCGGUACUUGGCUUAAAUGUUUAUUUUAGUGAACAGCUGUGAUAGCAUUUCUUAUCUGUAGAUCUUUAUUUUUUUAACAACCAUGAAAUGAGGUGACGAAAUCAGAAUCAUGAAUCUAAUCAUCUUGCCACGAAUGCAGCAUAAUUUAUGAGCACUUGAACAGCACUUCUAAUCUUCAAAGCAUUUUACAUAUGCUAUUCAAAACAUUCUUCCAUAAUAGAUACUAUCCUCUGUUGCAUAAAGAGAAAUUAACAGAAAGGACAAGUGACAUGAGACUGCCAAGCUUGGAAUCAGUUUAAGCACUGAUUCCUCACCUUCUCCCUUAAAAUCUUUAAGUAUAAGUUAUCCUGAGUAUUAGGUUCUGCAGAGCACAGCAGAAAUGUGAAUAUAGCACCAUCUUAAGGACCACUCCCAUGUGUUUAUUUUGUUAAGAGUUUGACAGCCAAUACUGUUCUGAUCUCUCAAAAUUGUGACUCUUUUCCCCCAAAACAGAUUAAGUAGAAAAAGCAAAACAAUGUAAAGUGAUAGCCAUUUAGAGAAUGAAACCUCUAGGAAAGCAACUACAAUGACUUCACAUGCACACAGCAUAGGAUAAAAAUGCAGACAUAGCAAGUGCUGUAUAAUCAAUGAGCUACUUAGAGCCACUGAUACCCAUCCUAUGAUCAGAGACUCCUGCAGAACUACUCAGUGGUACUCCACCAAAAAACAGUAAUACCAAAUCAUGAUGAUACUUUUAUAGAUCAUUUAUAACUGAAUGACUGCAUUCUUUCCAAGUUACAUAUCGUGAUCACAGAGAAGGCUGGAAGAAGGUUCAAGUAAGUUAAAGAAAGCACUUACAGUAUUCAGGAGACCACUAUCUGCUCAUCACAGAGCCAUUUAUCCAGGCCAGAGGGAAUGUGCUAACACCUCUAGCCAGCUCUCACACUUCUGUGCUGAACUCACAAGACUGAUGUUGGCAAUUAAAGAUCAUUAGCUUUCUCUCAGUAGUUUAGACAAGAGCCAGAAAAUAAAACUGCCUAAUGCCUUUGAGGUGCCCAAGCUACUGCCAACUUGUUGGAAACAUGAGCCGAGUUCUACAAUAACCAGUGGGUCCAAAACAUAAUGAGUACUUGUAGAGAGAUUAAAAAAACACUGAUGUAAAGGAUUUCAGCACAAACAUUACAUUGUCUUCCUUGCCUCUUCAUUAUGCAGUUAUGUAAGGCUUUAUGAAAUUAACUAUUUCACACAAAACUGCCUGGAAAUAAAAAAGCAAAUGCAGAAGGAACGUGUACCUUCACUUGCUCCUCUUCAGUGCACACCUCUUCUAGCACUCAGAAGCUUACAAUGAAGUGAGCCACUUCCACAGUGGUGCUGUGUCAGUCUGAGGACAAGCAUGUACACCUCAGGAAUGGCUUUGUUAUGAUUUAACUGCACAAAGUGUGCUGUUUGCAAAGUAUUUCUGGUAGAUGGAGCAUUUAGAACUGGCUAUAAAAUUAAGUUAAAAUACAUGGAGGAUAUGAACUGUUUUUAAAAUGCCUUGCACAGUGCAAGCUGAGGAACCAAGUACUAAUACACAUCAGAUUAUUAAAACAAAGUCUUCUAAGUUUGUAAUAAUUUUUUUUGUGUAAAAAAUACAAAUUAUUUUGACAUAAUAAUAAUAAUAAAGUUUGGUUUUUUAAACUCUG